AUGCUGUCGGAAGAGCGUUUGGAGUCGCUUCUGAAAAGUGUGAAGCUACGCGCCAAAAAGUUUCAACAAGAAGUUACCAAUGCCUAUACAUAUGCUAUUCAAGUCUAUACCGAUGCCAUUGAAUCCGAAACUUUUGCUACCUAUGGUCAACUUAUUCUUCCACUUGCAGUUCUUGUAUCUGUAGUACUCACUAUUCUUAUUUGCAGUGUUAUAUGGAAAAUAUUAUACUACACAAAGUUUUUACAAGUUUUGGGUUGGCUGUUUGGAGAGAUGUUGUGGGUGAUCCUUUCCUGGGGUCUCGUCGCAGUUCUCUGCUAUUUUGCCCUCAACCAUCUUGGAUCCACCGGUGACACUGCCAAUACUUCUUCCACAUUUGGCGGUCUGAAUGCCGGAAAAGAUGCGAAAAACGGAACCCUUGGCUCAAGCGGCGAAUGGUCGAACGAAAUAGUUUCAUGGCUUUACUCUAACUUCCAUAAAGUUCCAGCUCCAAUGGAUGCGUGGAUCAAAUCUUUGAAUGAGGCUGCAAAAAAAGUGACAUCUCCGACGAAGUGUGAAGUGCUUUUCGAAGGAUUCGGCGAUCAUAGUGAUGUAUUACAACCACCAAAGAUUAGUAAUGUUCGAGUAGAACACGGACCUAGAGAUCAUCUGACCGUCCGCUCCAACAUUCAUCUGCCGUGUGUUAAACUGCGGUUGGUUUCAUCACAACGAACACCCGAGAGAAUGAUUGUCUCGAAUUACGACGUUUUGAUUGUGGAUUUAAGAGGAGAAGUUGAAUGUCGAAUGGCUUGUAUUGCAAAUCAGUUGUACCUGAUGGGAUGUUUCAGUGGACGACCGGAAAUGGAUAUUGAGUUGAGAAACACCGAUCCAAGUGCUCAAUUUCAAGUAUCUAUGCCUAUGGUUGAGGAAAGUAUCAGAAGAUGUUUAUUGUCUGCUGUUACUAACAUCAAUUUGUCUGAAGAACUUCCAGAAGAGAGAAACACAUUUGCUGAUACAUUCAGUAGAACCAUUUACAAUCCACCAACCCACUCACCAGCCGGAACUAUGCGCAACUCUUACAAUAAUUACGAAAAUAAUCUUCAUGUCGACUCUUAUGGUACCCACUCCUCUCACAGAAGCAAUAGUCCAUCCGGAGAUGUUCCCGAGAUGUUCAAAAAGCUUAACGAAUCACAUUUGAUAAGCCCAACCUACAACACCAACUCAAUUCCUAACAAGAUGAGAAUCAAGGUUAUCAAAGCAAACCGUCUUGGGAAGGAAGUCUCACAACCAUUCGUGAAUGUUGAAAUGGAUGAACCAGCUCAAAAAUACUCGACAACUAAAGGAAUCAAUGCUAAUCCGUAUUGGGAGGAAACAUUCGAUUUCGACUUGACUCCAGCCACCGAAGAAAUUCUGUUUGAAAUCUAUGAAGGAAAUGACAAAUUCCAUAUGAGUGACGAUGAUGGAUUCCUUGGUUUAGCUAUUGUGAACUUUGAAGAAAUCAGAAGAAGUGGAGAAACGGUUCACUCACUCAAACUUCAAGGAAGACCAUACAGAAAAGAUGCAAUUUCUGGAGAUCUCACCGUCCAGUUUGAUUUCUACUACGAUCCAAACUUGUUGACUGCUGGAAAGUUGACAGACACCGUGAAAGUCACUAAUCCAAAUGGAUCGGAAUUCCGUGAAACCCUCACUACUCAUAGAAGACCUAUCUAUGACCCACAUGAUAACUUCGAUGGCCACGAGCCAAUCAUUCCUUCAAAGACUACAACCGUGACAGUCAAGACUGUGUCACAGACAUUGAAGGAGAGACCCACUAUCCAGUCUGUCCAUGGGUCACUAGAGAAUGCUGUCGACCCAGCAACCCAAAAGAUUCUUGACCAACAAUUCAAAAACCACAACGACCCCAAAACCAGAGAGCUUGAAGCAAAACUUCAGUCAGUUGCUCAAAGCAUGUCCACAUCCAGCACAUUGGACAGACCAUCAAAGAAUGGAAACAACGGUCAACACUACCGUGAUCAUACUGCACCACCAGAGUUCCAUGAAGAGUUGGAUGUCAGACAGAGCAGAGACAAAACGAAGAAAGCUCCAGUUGAGAAAAGAGAUCGUUCUUUCUUUGGUGAACUCAGAGAUAGAUUGAGUGGCAGAAGAGGAAGAAGUCAGAAAAGAUCCAAAUCUGUGGACAUUGAAAACAAUCAAAUGUUGGAAGAGGCAGUUUCUCUUCCACCUUCUCGUGAUCCAAGCAGAACUAGAUAUACAGUUUCUAAUAAUGAUAAAUAUCGUGAGACCCAUUCAGUUGGUGGAAGGAGCGGAGAAUCUACAAAAAGCUUGUAUCAACAUAGUACUCUUAUUUUGGAAUUAGACCAUGAUAAGCAAGCAAAAUACUUCUUGAUCCCUCCAGCAAUGCUCAAUGAGCCAGCCGCUUCCCGUUUGAUGAGAAAAGGCAAGAAACUGCACAUCUACAAUGAUCACACAUUUGUCGCCGUUAAAGUGAAAGGCGGAGCUACGUGCAACGUCUGUCAACAGAGGAUUCGAAGCAGCUUCUCAAAACAAGCUUAUCAAUGUAGAGAUUGCAAAAUGGUAUGUCACAAGACCUGUCAUUAUAAAACCGAUGCCUUCUGCACACAGAGUACCGUGUCUAAGCUACAAAUAGCGAAGGAUGUCGAUUGGGCUCAUUUUCUUAGUCAUUACCAAUUGGAGGAGUUCAUUUCCAGCGAAGGGCUCUAA